CAAAACGGCGCAUCGCCAUGUUCUUUUCACCCUCCAUUUCUGCUGCCAUCUGCUCCGGUAUCGUGUGCUUUUCAAUCGUUGGAUCCACUUCCGUAGUUCCAUCUCCCCCAAGUUGUCAAGUGAACAUGGACGGUCCCGCCGCCCAACAGCAAGUCCUACGACAUAUUUCCGCUGGAGAGGCCGUUCCAGCGGAAGCACUGCAUCCACUGUGGUCUGCCUUGCCACCACUCUCCGUGUCCGAGGCGAUCGGCACCUAUCGGGGCGGAUAUUUCGAUGGGGGUAAGAAACCGAGCCCGAUCAACUGGUUCGGGAAACAGAUUGCGUCUGAGAACGCUGUCAACCCGUUGCUCUGCCACCCCCCCGGACCGACGAAUGGAACGGUCAAUAAGGACGUGAUCUUUCCGUACCCAAGGAAGGACAUCGCUCGAGCUCGGAACGUAGAGCACCAGGGUGUUGUCACUGCGACGAUCAUCUACAAUAAAGUGCCAUUGAUGGACUAUUUCCGCGUUGUCAGACCAGGGAAGGAUUUGCUCAUUCUAGGGAAGAGCGACUGGAAUGGAUCGCUGGCCGAACCCGCGUAUUUCUGGUUGGAGAGGGUUGAAGGAGUCGAAAUCAAAUUUGAUGUCACCAAUCCGAUGGUGAAAGGAAACGUGACGAUCAAACAUAUCGAUUUCGCGGAGAAGGACUAG